AUGUCUCAACAACAACAAUCCUUCAAUUCUCUCGGAAAUGAGAAAAAACAAAUGAUCGAACGACUCGAGAAGAGAUGCCAAGAAUUGGAGUGUAGGCUAUUCCCUUUGGAAAUGUUGCAAUGGGAAGCAUCUAAUUUUAUUCUUCCCUAUGCGAGAAGACCGUUCAGGAAUACAAUCAAAACAUCGGACUCUUUUACAGCCAAGUGCCUUCCUAUUGAAAUACCGAAUCAUGAUGAAGAAGAGGAUGACCAUGAAUUUUCAAAUACAUCAUCCUCUUCUACAUUCACCAGAUCAGUGAAAAGUUCCCGAAAUAAUUCUCUUCUCUCUAAAGGAAGCCUUUUAAAACGAUUAAGAAAUUUGUUUGAGUCAUACAACUCUAUAGAAACACCUCUGUUGAAGGAAUUUCUGAACAAAAUGCAAAAGUGCAAUUUGCAGGAAUAUGAAUAUUUUUUGAGUGAUUUCAAGCAAAAAAGAACAGCACAUUCUGAUGUUGAAUACAGUCUGGAUCAUGCAAUUUCGGCUGUGGACGACGAUGCCUUUGAAGUUGAUGAUGAAAAAUCCCUCGACCUUUUGAAGAGAGAAGCACAAUGGAGGUACAUUGAAAAUCAAAGUGAGAUGAUCGACCAUUUAUCAAAGUCAUUCGAAGAGCUGGAUCGUCUUUUACCAUUGUUGGAUACUUUAAACGAUCGAGAUCAAUUGACAAAUCUCUGUACUAAGCUGAACGAGUUGAAAUCGUUCCAAAUUGAAAUGGACAACGUCGAUGCCUCUUCCUCUCAGCAAGCUUUGAUUAUUCAACAGAAGCUUUGUGCAUAUAAUGAUUUGAUUUUAGCAAUUUCAAAGCAAUUUUUGUUGUGGGACAAAUUACUUGGUCAGCUCGAAAAAGAAUCAGUCAGAAAAUAA